AAAUUCAAUUCAAUAUAUUUCAUUUAUACAACAAAAUAAAAAUUAAAGUGAUAUUCGUUAUUUAAGAAAUUUUAAAUUUAAAUAUUUUAUAAUUAAAUUAAUAAAGAAGGAAAACAAUUUGCAUAAAAUAAUAAAAAAUAUUUUUUAAAAUUGUACGAGUGUAAAAUAUAUAGAAAUUGAUUUCAUUAUAUAUUAUUAUGGUACAAUUAGAAUGUGCCAAUAUCAUUAAUAAUAGCUAGCGGGAAUGGUGCUUGCGGCCAUAAUAAAUUUUAUAUUGUUAUGUCCGUAAAUGCGCCACCCCAAAUGAAAUCUCGCCAAAUGAAGAAUGAAGAAACAAAAUGUACGCACGAUAUCUUUAAUCGUGUGCACAUUUACAUAUUUAUUAGUUGGUGCAGCUGUAUUUGAUGCACUUGAAUCAGAAACUGAAAAGAAACGUUGGGAAGUUCUCCAAGCUAUCGAAGACAUGAUAAUAAAAAAAUAUAAUAUAUCAGCAGAAGAUUUUAAGGUUAUGGAAACGGUUGUGUUAAAAUCAGAGCCACAUAAGGCUGGACAACAAUGGAAAUUUACGGGUGCAUUUUAUUAUGCAACAACAGUACUGACAACAAUUGGCUACGGCCACUCAACUCCAAGCACAAUUGGUGGAAAAUUAUUUACUAUGUGUUACGCUAUGGUUGGAAUACCUCUAGGUCUUGUGAUGUUUCAAAGUAUUGGAGAAAGAGUGAAUAGACUGAGCAGUUUUGUGAUAAAAACGGUAAAAACAUCUUUAAGCUGUAAAGAAACUACAGCUUCCGAAUUAGAUUUAAUUUGUGUCGUGACAACCUUAAGCUCCUUAACUAUAGCUGGUGGUGCUGCAGCCUUUUCAAAAUUUGAAGGUUGGAGCUAUUUUGAUUCAGUAUAUUACUGUUUUAUAACCCUUACUACAAUAGGAUUUGGAGAUAUGGUAGCUUUACAAAAAGAUAAUGCUCUUAAUAGAAAACCAGAAUAUGUAAUGUUUGCACUCAUAUUUAUAUUAUUUGGAUUGGCUAUUGUUGCUGCAUCCCUUAAUCUUUUAGUACUUAGAUUUGUAACUAUGAAUACAGAAGAUGAAAGAAGAGAUGAAGCUCAAGCUAUGCAGGCUUUACAAGUAGCUGUUAAAUUAGAAGGUGAUGUUAUAACAGCAAACGGCUCAAUAUUGAGCGGUUAUAUAGGACAUGAAUCACAAUCAAUUGAUGGUGACAAUGGAUCCAUUUAUUCUUGUCAUUGUGCCUGUUUUAGGGCAAGCCGACAUAGAAAGCAUCAAUACAAAGUAAGACGUUCACCAAGUCACAUAGGUCAUUUGCUACCAACAGAAGUUAUGCAACUGAAAGAAUUUCCAAUAGACUCAGCAAUUACAAGUAGUAGCGAUUGUUUAGAUCGUAUUCGACCAGAAAAAACUUUAUUAAAAAGAAAUUUGUCGCUCUUAUCUUUUCGUAUCUAGUCCAUAAUAUUUAAUAUUAGUAAAAAAAUUUAAAUUUAUUGACAAAAAUAAUUUAUUAUAAAAUGUAAUGAAAAAACAUAAUAUAGGUAUAUUAUAUGUACAUAUAUAUAUGUAUAUAUAUAUUAUAAAUUAUGACAAUGAAAAAUAAGAAAUCAAAAAAACCAAAAAACCAAAAAAAAAAAAGAAACUGGACAUAAAAAAGGCUUUUAUUUGAAAAGAUUUCAAAAAUCUUAUAUAAAAGUUUUAUUAAAACUUAGAAAUAAAAGCAUAAAAAAUAUAAAUAUUUUCAUAUAAUUAAUAAAUUUUCAUGUACAUACAUAUAUGGAUUUAAACAAUUCGAAUAAAAUCAUACUGACGGACGGAUUAAAUGGUUUAUUUUAAAAGUGAUCAAAGUUCAUUUGCAAUUUCAAAACUCUUUUAUUUGCAAAACAAUCAUGAUGUCUAUAGUUUGAACUGAGACGAAAAAUAAAUAUUUUAUGAAGGAAAUUAACAUUUAACCGAAUAUUUUGUUACUUUGAACCUAAACUCAGCAAUAUAUUUCAUAUUUAUUUGAAAUGGACUUAGAACACUUUCAAAAUAAAUCGUUCAAUUAUAAUUUACACGUAAUAAAACAAAUAUAAAAUUUACUAAAAAAAAUUAUUAAAAAUAAACAAAAAAUAGAUAAAUUUUAUUGGGUGAUAUUGCGUUUUUACUUAACAUUAUUUGAAAGUAUAGACUAAUUAAUUGUAUGUAUAUGAUUUACAAUUAAAAUAUUUAUAUAUACAUUUAAACAGAGCAAAAAGGUAAAAUCUGAGAAUUUCACUGAUAUAUCUACAAAAUAGUGUCUACAAAAUAAAAAAAAAACACUUGAAAUUCAUACACUUAACUAUAGGUUAGCCAAAACAAAUUUAUGGUAAAAGUAUAAAUGUAAAAAAAUAUAUAUAUAUAGCUUUUAAUUUUUUUAGAUACUUUAACUAUUAUGCUAAAGUAUUGCAUAAAAUUAUAAUAAUACCUAACUAUAUAAUUUAUUUGAGUUACCAAAAUACCUAACAAAUUAUUUAACAAAAUCUUAUUACAAUUUUAUAUAGAUCUACACUUAUUUUAAUAAUUUAUGUUGAGUUACAUAGAUAUAUCUUCGAAUUUCGGAAUUACUAUAAAAACCAAAAAUGAAAACAUAAUUAUUCAAUGAAAUUAUAAAUAAACGUAAAUAAAAUUUAAUUACGGAUACAUGAUCAUCUAUAUUAUAUACAUACGUGUUAUAAAGCUUUAUUUGUAUCGAGACUUUACGGAGAAAAUGAUCUAUCCAACAUAGUUUGACCAAAUUAGAAAAAUAUGUGAAAAGAAUUAAACAAUUCAAGGGUAAUAUCUUUUUCUUAGUAUCUUACAACCAAAUGAACAUUUUUUAAUGUUAACUAAAUACUCUUUGUUGGUAACUUUUUUCAUGUUGGAUAGAAUCUUUUCUGCAUAAUUCCUCAUUAUAAAACUAUAAAAUGAUCCUUGAAUGUACUAUGUACAAUAUUUUUUUUUCCAAAAAGAUAGUAUUGUAAUGAGUUUGUAAAUUUAGCUCAAAUAAUUUUAUAACUAUAUAUUUAUUAGGAACUAUUACAUGCAAGAACAAAAAAAAAUGAAUUUUAUUACCCUAUAGUACCAGUUAAGUAAUGUAAACAGCAUUUGAAUACCUUUAGAAAGCGUUUUAAAUUAUUAUACUUAAUAUAAUUUUAUCUACUACUAUAAAUAUAAUAAUUAUUUGAAUAGAAAAAAUAAAUUUAAUAGAUUUUCAAAAUUUUAAUUACAUUAGCAAAACAAUUUGGCACAAUUUAAUUAUUAUAUAGUUAAAUAUAUACAUACAAUGUAGGCGUGUAUGUAUAUAUAUCUUUAACAAUACUUCCCUAUAACUCUAUAUGUAAUAUGAAAAAGAAUUAUUUUUUAAGGUACUUUAAUAGUUUGUAUAAAAAUAUAAAUCAAAUAUUUUUUUAAAAUUCACAUAUUUAAUUAUGUACUUAAAUUUUCUGAUUAACAACAAUAUAAAAAUAAUAUGGACAUACAUAGUUAUAACAAAAAUAAAAAUAAUGGAAUUAUUUUUAAAAUUUAUUUGAUACUUAGGAUAAACAUUUCAUAACAAAAAAAUUUUUUUUAAAAACCUUUCAGAUUUUUUGAACUUAUAAAAGGGGAUACAAAUAAUAUUCUUUUUCUUUUAUAAUUUUGAGUAAAUUUUUA